AUGGUAUUCCGGGAUCUGAAUCCCGUGCUGCACUACUCGUCGCUGCUGCGCCUCGCGCUGCCCUCCAUUCUCCUCCAGAGUGGCGCGCCGCUCGCCAUCACCUUCCAGACCGCGCUCCUCGGUCGCAAGUCCACGGAGAUCGUCGCCGCAUGGGCCAUCGUCGCAACCGCUACGAAUGCUGCUACAGUCGUUUUCAACUUCCUUGUCGUCGGCGUUACUGCCAAGGUCACUAAAGUGGUGGCGGUGGGGGCAUGGGCGCAGGUGGGUGCGCGCAUCCGCCUGGCCUUGGGGAUGGCGCUGGUGAUGGGGAUGGUGGCGGUGGGGAUGCUGCUGGCGCUGCAGCAGCCGCUGUGGCUGCUGCUGGCGGAUACUCCCAAGGUGCUGCCCUACGCGCGCAGCUACUUCUACCUGCGGGUCAUUGGCGUGCCGCCGCAGCUGCUCGUCAUGUGCACCUCGGGAAUACUCCAAGGUUAUAAGGUGCUGCCCUACGCGCGCAGCUAUUUCUACCUGCGGGUCAUUGGCGUGCCGCCCCAGCUGCUCGUCAUGUGCACCUCGGGGAUCCAGCAAGGGUACAAGAGGGUGAACCUAGCCGCAUGUCUGCAGGGAGGUAGAGUCUUGCUAGACGUCUUUGCCUCCUACAUCGCAUCCUCGCCUCCUCCACCGUCGCCUCAACUCACACCCCCUCUCCCUUCUCCCGCCCUUUUCCUGCGCCCCUUUUCCUUCCCUUUCUCUGCUUCGGUGAACCUAGUGGCAUGUCUGCAGGGCAGCAGAGUCUUGCUAGACGUCUGUGCCUCCUACAUCGCGCUCUACAAACUUGACUGGGGGCUUGUCGGUGUCGGCCUCGGCACCAUCCUCGCCUCCUCUGUCGUCGCCGCCGCCUCUUUUGUCUGCAUCCUGCUGCUGCCGCCCGAAGAAGGGCGGCACAAGAUCCAUAUCUUCACGCCGCUGCUGAGCUCCCUGUCUGGCCGGGCGGCAGGGGGGAAACGCGGCGGGGGGUGCUGGAGUCCCAGGGGGAAUGGGGUUGUUGCUCCUGGUGGUGGUGGUGGUGGUGGUGAUGGGGAGGGAGAGGAGGCGUUGCAUGUGCCUUUGUUAGAUGAGCAUGUGGGGGAGGGGGGGCAGCCGCAAAGUUGGCAGCAGAAUGGGGGAAGGGCAGUAGGAGGGAUGGUAGGAGGAGGGGAGGAGUUGACAGAGGAGGAGGAGAGGGUGAACGAGGUGUUGAAUGAGAGCACGUGGAAGUUCAUCUGGGAUGGACUCAGCACCAUGCUGCGAUCCGCGCUCGUGCAGGCGUCUUUUUUCCUGGUGCUCGCCUGUGCCACAUCUCUCGGAAUGCACGCGGUGGCAGCCCAUCAGGUGCUCAUGCAGCUCUGGAUGAUCAACAUCUACAUCGCCGACGGUUUCGCCACCGCCGGCACCAUCGUCGCCAGCAGCGUCGCGGGGCACUUAGCUAAGAGCCGCACGCCCGCAGAGCACGCGAUCCACUUAAGGGAUCUGAGAGAGGCGUGCUGGAGGGUGCUGAACAUGGGGGCGGUGGCGGGCGUGGCGAUAGCACUGGUGUACCUGGGGUGGCGCGAGCAGCUGAUGGGUCUCUUCACGUUUGACGAGGAAACGAAGAAGGAAUUGAGAGGCGCGUGGCUGUACCUGGCGCUCAUUCAGCCGCUCAACUCCAUUGUGUUUGUGUACGACGGGUUGAUCUAUGCAGCGCAGGCCUUCUCCUACAUGGCCGCCUUCCUCACUAUCGGCUUCUUCGCCCUCUUCCUCCCCUGCAUCGCAUUGGCGCACUUCUAUUUCAAGACGCUGGUGGCGGCGUGGGGUGCCAAGGGAGUGCUGAACGCGGUGCGCUUCUUUGUGGCCGGCUACAAGAUCCACUUCGACUUCCUCUGCCCCACACGCAAGUUCCCCCCCACAACAAACCACCUCACCGCUCCCAACUCCUCCGUUUCUACUGCUGCUGCUCCUGGAACCGCUCUGAACAGUGCAGCACCUCCUGCGUUAUAUGCCGGGAGUGUGGCUGAGGAAGAGGAGUCGGCUGCAGCAGCUCGUGGGGUGGAGGACGUUUUGUUGCGGCCGUGUUCUGAUAGAGGGCUGCCACCGUUCCCGGUGCUCAAAACGAAACAGGAGGAGCUAGACAACAACACCACCAACGUAGCCGUUGAACAAGCUGUUCCUGCGUACCUCGACUCAGGCACGGACAUUUGCCUCUCCUGCUACGUCUACCUCACUUUCUCCUUCCUCGACGUCGACACGGCAAGCCAGAUCGGCAGCGAGUGCACUGAAACGGAUAAUGGGAAGCUUCGCGGAUACAUCUGCUCCACGGACGAGGGGGCUGACGUCACGGUGGCGCAGGCGUUUGGGAGUCCGCCGGUGGUGAAUGGCGGCGGGACGUCGGUGGGGUUUCUCUACACGGAGAUGUUUGUGCGCCAGCCCGCUGGCUCCACCAUGCGCCUCCCGUCCAUCCGUGUAGAUCCACUGGCUAUGAAGGGAAUCGGGUACAUCAUGGUGCCAUCCAAGGGACCCGCUCCUCUCCCUGGGACUUUUGACUCCAUGCCCUUCAUUGCAGGCAAUGGCAGCAAGGCUGUCGGCAUUGGUCUAGUGUUCCCAAUCACCCUGAUCACUCAGGCAUCUCUCGCAACUACCCCGUUUAGCAGCAACACAAAGCAGACAGCCACGCCCACCGCCUUCCCUGCCCUCUCCAUGAGUGCUCCUGCCAACCAGUCACUCACUCUCAAUGCCUCCAUCGUGCCGCCUGCUGCUACCGCUGCUGCCGCCACCCCAUACAACAUCACGUUCUCCAUCGGCAAGGAUGCGUUUUCGGUAUGUGCUUUGUCUGCUUAA